GCCAAAGUUCACAGGAAGCUGGGGGGCUGCCAUUUUUCCCCUGCUGCUGCUGCUAACGGUAAACUGUAGAUGCUAAAGCGACGGGAGGGGCGACUGGUUCGGGCUGUUCUCGCUAGCUGGCCUCGGUCUAUCGGGGGCCGUUAAAGCGCCAUCACUCGUUUCCUCCGACGGUCCAACGCCAACGAGCAAAGUGUUUGUUUGAUGAAUUCGGUAUGGAGAAGGUAGCGGAGCCGUCUUGGACCUCUUCGUACACCUACCAGGUGAGCAAGCACAGCGCCGAGAUGCUACACAACCUUAACAUUCAGAGAAAAGAUGGAGGCAGGUUCUGCGACGUGAUCCUGCGCGUUGGCGAGGAGAGCUUCCCCGCUCACAAAGCGGUGCUGGCCGCCUGCAGCGAGUACUUCGAGUCGGUGUUCGGCCGUCAGACGGAGGGAGAGGGCGACGCCAAGGAGCUGGAGAUGCACACGAUCAGCCCGAAAGUUUUCAAAGACAUCCUGGACUUCGCUUAUACCUCCAGGAUCGUGGUUCGGUUGGAGUGCUUCCCGGAGUUGAUGACGGCUGCCAAGUUUCUGCUGAUGCGCUCCGUCAUCGAGAUAUGUCAGGAGGUCAUCAAGCAGUCCAACGUGCAGAUCUUAGUCCCGACGGCUCGAGGAGGAGAAGCUAGUCUCUUCCAGGACAUGGGGGCCACCGAGCUGGGUUUCCCCGUAGCUCAGCAAGAUCUUGUGAACGGAGCGGGUCUGCUGAUCAACGGCCAGGGCUUUGUGAGCAGCACGCAGAUGCGGAUGGAUGAGAGCGAAGAGGCGCCGCCGGCCGCGCUGCUGGAGAACGGCGGGGAUCCGAUGUUGGAGCCGGUUGUUGAAGGACUUUCCGUGUGUCCGUCGGCGGAAAUCGCGGGGAGCAUGUUUCAUCACGAAGCUGGCUCCCCUGGAUCAAAACGGGGAAGGGGGAGACCGAAGAAAGAGGCUGUCCAUUUUAAUCACAUCAACCAGAAGGACAACGGGCAGCUCUUCCCCUGCGGGGCCUGCGGCAAAGCUUUCACAGAAGCUUCUCGUUUAAAGAACCACGAAGCGCAACAUGGAGCCUCCACUGGGGGCGUCCACAGCCUCGGAGGCGGUCUGUCUCUGCUGUCGCAACCCGGGCUGCUGGAAAACGGGAUGCAGUUACCCGGAGGGCUGGCGCUGGACAGCCACCGCAAGCGGGAGCGGACCAGGCGGCAUGUGGGCUGCGACAUCUGCGGGAAAGUGUUCCGGGACGUGUAUCACCUGAACCGACACAAGCUGUCCCACUCCGGGGAGAAGCCCUAUGCGUGUCCUGUGUGCGGGUUGAGGUUCAAGCGCAAGGACCGGAUGUCGUACCAUGUUCGGUCCCACGAUGGCUCGGUUGGCAAACCGUAUGUGUGCCAAAGCUGUGGGAAAGGUUUCUCUAGACCGGACCACCUGAACGGACACAUUAAACAAGUGCACACCACAGAGAGACCUCACAAGUGCCAGAUAUGUAACGCAUCCUUCGCGACGAGAGAUCGCCUUCGGUCACACCUCGCCUGCCACGAGGACAAAAUUCCCUGCAAAGUCUGCGGCAAGUUUCUGCGAGCCGCCUACAUGACGGACCACCUGAAGAAGCACAGCGAAGGAACUCACAACUACUGUGGCAUUUGCAAUAAAGGUUUCUCCACUGCGUCCUACCUUAAGGUGCAUAUAAAGACACACCAUGGCUCCUCACUGCCAACUUCUGCCCCAUUGCACGCCUUCCCUGACCCAAGGGGGGAACUGCAGAUGCACAACGGCACCCCUGACCAAAUGGGACGCCAGUGCUCAGUGGAAGACGGACAAGAAAACGUGACUAAGUGUGCCCACCUGGAGUCGGAGGAGUCUGAUACUUCGUUAAGGGAAUUGUCCAACGUCGAAGAGCUUAAGUCUCCCUCUAAAUCUGAUGGACCAGAGCUUGAAGGACCUUCCUUAGCCUGCAACGGGGCCCCUGCUGGGGUCCUUGGCUCUCCAGAUGCUUCUAAAGCCAACGCCGACCCUGAAAAGAAGUUUAUCUGUGGAAUCUGCAGCCAGGCAUUCCGUACCAAGUCCUACCUCAACAAGCACCAGCACCGAGUUCACAAAGCCCAGAGGACCCUCGGGGUCUUAGGGCCUAGUUUAAGUGAGAUGGCACCCUCUCUGACUUCUCCCUUCUCUCCUCAACAAAACAUGUCCCUCCUCGAGUCAUUCGGCUUCCAGAUCGUCCAGUCGGCUUUCGCCUCUUCUCUCGUGGACGCAGAAGCAGGUCAGAGUGGAAUCGACUUUGGAGGGAAGUAACACCUUCCCAGAGGCCUUUGCAAGCAGUCGUUUGGCCUCUUCACGUUUAGGACGAAGCCAGGUUGCCCACAGAAAAAAACUGUGUUUGGGAACCAUUUUGCCUCAAGACUACUCUCUCUGUUUGUCUCUUUGCUUUAUGUUCAACCAACAGUUUUCUGUCAGAAACUGACACUGAAGUCCUACUUUUCUACGUUUUCGGACAGAGAUGUGUUUGCUGUUUAAAAGCUUGUGUUAAAAAAAAAAAAGACCAAAAAAAAAGGUUUUGCUUUUCACUGUUGGUCUGUGAAAGUUAUGUUACAUUUCUUUUUUUCUGAGCUUUCUCAGCUGCACAAAGUUCUUCUUGUGAGAUGACUUAUUUACUUUAUUGUUAAUAGUUGUUAACUUCCUCACUUUAACUGCUCCAGCGAGCUUAACAAUGGAUCUUCAGUCAUCCCAGCCAUCACAGAUAUCUUUACCUCAGAGCAAAAGCAGGGCUUACAUCUAGAUUUAUCGCAAUUCAGAGUUUUGUUUUUUUGUUUUGGAAGGAAUUUAAUAGAAUUUCAGUUCUUUUUUAAUUAGCUACAUGGUGAAGAUAAAACAUAGCAAACAGGCUGAGAGCCUGAGGGAUCAGUGUUACUUGUUCACCAACACCCCUGGUAAAGAUGGAAAGCUAACCUUAAAAUAAAUUCAUCUUUAUUACAGUAGCACCAGGGAAAAAAAAGGAAAUAAAAUCAAACUAAAACUUAAUUUUGAGAAGUAAAUUAAAAUUCCUUGUGUUGCUGUUCAUUACAUUCAACCUUUUUUCUAGGGAGUAUUUGUACAAAUUUCCCAUUGCUGAUUUGAUUAUGUUCCCCAUAAAGCACUCCAAGUAUAGUCCUCCUUCUAGCACCCUGGAUAGAUUAAAAGCUGAACCAUCGUAACAAUGAAAAUAAAAUGGUAAAAUAAAAACGGCUAUUUUUUAAAUCCCGACCUCGAUUACAGCGUCUCUGUAUCAGACUAUUACAGUUAAACCCUUCAAGUCAUGGUUCAGAUCUCUCUGGAUAAAACCCAACUAAAAUCAAUUCCAGCGUAGAGUAUAGCCUCCUAAUGUUUCUGUCCUUAUCUAAAAGUGUGUCGCAAUUUUUUUCUUUUUUUCUAUCCUAUUAAUUCAGGAGUAGUAGCUUCUUCCAACUUCAACUUUGUGAGGAAUAAUGCUCUGGUUUGGAUACGUUAUAGUAGUUAUUUCUUUCAUUACAGCAGCUGUGGAGCCACAGCUAAUGUUCUCCUCAGUUCAACCCACAGGGUUACCUAUAGGGUUUAGGCUAGUUAUGUGUCUAAUGCACCGUUUCUGUUAUCAUUUUUGAUAAUGGUAUUUCAGAAUUUUCAUGUCAGAGUCUUUAGGCCCCUUUAGAAGAGAAACAGACCCACAGUAUCACAGACCUUCCACCAUACAUAACUGGGAAUUAUUUACUUUUCCAAAUUCUCAUCCUUUGUUUUAUACCCGACUUUACCUAGUGUUUGGUACUUAAAGCUUCUAGUUAAAAUAAAAUAAGGUAUUUGACCAAAGCACUAAGUUCAGGCUAAAAUAACUUUCAGAGUUUGACAAAACUGCACACUUAAACAUUCCCACUCCAGCAAUUUAAGUCACAGUUGGGAUUAUUGUAAAAAAUUGAGUUUACUCUGAUGGUAAAUGUAGGAAAUUCUUGAUUACAUAUCUAAUUUUGUUGGCAGUUACAGUACACCUGCAUCUACGUAUUUAAUUCCAGUUUUAAAAAGCUGCUAAUAGAAUUAGGCCUCUGCCUCUUAUUCAUACCUCAGUAAAACAUCAAAUCUACUGUACAACUUAAAGUAUAUUUAUAUUACAUAAAUUAUAAGAGAAAUGCUUCAGUUGCACUGAUUAUACAUCAGCCCAGUAAAACUAUCAUGAGGGAUGUUUUAGAACAGAUUUUUUAAAUCACCACUGAAUAAAUGUACUCAUUUAAAGGGCUUAAUCUUUUCCAAAACAGAUUAUGCUGCUGUGAUACAAAUGAAUUUAUUGUAAGUCUCUUCACUCAUCAGUACUGGGGUGUGAGUAACGGUUUAGGAUGUUUUUAUGUUUAAAAAAAAAAUCAGAUCUCUCUGUAUCAGUCAGGCACUUUGAUAUUAAAAACCCUCAGAUAGUUAAGCACUUUUCAAAGUGCCUCAGUUUACUGUAGGUUUGGUAUUAUUUGGUCAAUUAUUAGUUUUAAAAGGAAAAAAAAUAGGAAGGAAAGCGAUUGGUCGGAAUUUCUUGUAGUGCAUUUAAUUUAAAUCAGGACUGAUAUGGCUAGAGUUCGAUAAAAAGACAAUUAUCUGAUGUUUAUUUCAACCCUUUCUCCUACAUCCCCACAAAUCAGUCCCUGAUUGCUUUUCAUAGGAGGUCUUAGGUUCACAGAGACGCAACCCAAACGGGAUAAGAAGACAGAAAGGAGGGGAUCAUUUAUUUAUGAGCUUCUAGAAUGCAUGAAACGGGGAAUCAAGAUCAGGUAUAUUUUCAGGAUAUAUUUUAAAAGAUUAUAUUUUAAUUAUUUAUUCAGACCCUGACUUUUGUGUGGCUUUAAUUUUCUGUCAAAGAAAAUCUUGUUCUUUUUUGUUUUGUUUUACUAAUUUAUGGUUAACGGAGAUGUGAAAAUGUGUGUUGUGCAGGAUGCUUUGCAGAGGGGGGGAUUCACAGCUGGUUUAAACCUUCAUCACCUGGACUUCUCUUCCUCCUCAUCCUUUGCUUGGAGCCAUUUCUGCUGCUCUCAUUGCAUUAAAGGCUGCUUGCUUUGGUUCGACGUUACAAUGUGCAGUCUUAACAGUUGUGUAGCAAAGACAAACAUAAGCUGUUUAUUGACAAAUAAUCUAGUGGGAUUUUUUAUUUAUUUUUUUUUCACUUCAGUUUCUUUAUUUCUGUAAGCUAAAUUCUACUUUGCAGAUAUUUAACCAUCCUUAAUUGGUGUUCUCAGAUUAGCCCAAAAGCGGAAUUAUGCAAAAAAAAAAAAAAAAAAUUUUAGGAGUCCUUGUUCGGAUCAUGUCGUACCUAUUGUAAGUUAACGGCUGAGAUCAUGUCCAAACAUUUUAUUUUGAGCCCACCAUUUGGUUUGCUUUACAAUCAAAAGCUCAGCAGGAAUAAAAGCCACUAAAUGUUUCUGUUUUAUGCUA